AUGUACCGGAAGUUGUCUAAGUUAGAACACUCGGAAAUAAAACAACUUCUUACAGAAGCUAAUAUAGAUGUUGCAAAGCAUUACGCAACAAACAAAAAAGCACUCGCUGACUUCAUUAAAGACUACAAUGGUGAAAUAACUUAUGAUAGAAUUCAUGAGUUCAUAAAGCCGCAACGCGGCGAGGACGAAGUCCAUGCAAGAGCAUUUCCUUUAAAUGACGUUGCUAUUGACUUAUAUCAUAGACGUUCAGUACCUCAUGAAGUAAGAAGAGAAAUGUUUGACAUAACAAAUGCAAACGUUGGUAAAACACGAAAGAGAGACGACACACUGAAACAACAGAGAAGAGAGAUGUUUAAAAGUGCUAUAGAACAAGUUCGCAAAGCUAACGAUGUCAUUCGUUCCAUUGACGACAAACCAAAAGAAGGUGAGAGAUGGUUAAAGAAAGAUGAAGAGAAUAGGAAGAGAAAUGUGAAGUCAGGCAAUAGACUCAUUGACUUUAACAUCGAAGCUUUAGAUGAACCAAACAGAGACUACUUACACAAACAUUUCGGUAAGGUUUUCAUGAGACUCUUAGAGAAAAUUAAAAUAAACUCACAACAGAGAUGGAUGGUAUGUUAUAAACUUGGUGGAAAGUAUGAAUGUUCUACGUUAAACCUCAAUAAUAUUGGAACAUUACUACAUCAGCUCUUGAAGGAGAACUUUAUAUCAGAGAUAGAAGCAAAUGCUGCAGGUAUUGUUGAAAUGCACUAUGACUUCUUCUUGACAAACAUAAAGAAUCUUACUGAAAUAAAGAUGUAUGAUUUAACAGAAUAUGAAGGCUUAACGAUGUCAGAUGUAAAGAAAGGCAAACCAAAAAAGAGACCAUAUAGAGAUGAAAGCACACUGACAAAUGACCAGAAAGCCAUUUUGGAAGCUCUUAAGCAAACAGGAAACCCAGCACUUAUAGAAAGCUUUUGGAAAAUAAUGGUGAAAAGAAGUUUUAUAAGAAGAGAAGCGGUCAGUUCUGGAAGUAUCUUUGCAGAUUACCUAUAA